AUGCAUCAGCCGGGAAAGCGCAUGACCCCGGCCGAUGAAGAAGGACGAGCCAAGCACGACGUCCGUGACCCCUCGAACCCGAAGACAUUCCGAUCUGGACUGCAUGGGAAUUUCCGCAUUGGACUGUUGUUGCAUGUGUUGAAGGCCCAUAACUCUCGUCCAGGUCGAGUCUGUUACUUCGUCUACCCCUUCGCCGACUGCACGACGGAGACACUCGGGCGAAAACUUGAGAGGAUUGUGGCUCUGCUGGCUUCACAGCCCCGACUUUUAUGGGAUUUAAAGUGCGAUGGUGGCAAUCAAUGUGAGUUGGUUCGUGUUGGAGAUAAGGAUGGACCAUUAGCGACCCCUGCGACUGUCAACGCACGAUGUGUGAGCGCUACCUUUCGGUGUUCGGUGGAGCCAUUCCGUCUGCGCUCGUCAAAGGACUCGGAAUCCGUGAGUUUCAGAUGA